UGCGGACUUCCGGGAUUUUUUGCGCUGCUCCGAAGCCUCGACACGAGUAGUUUUUCAUGUCCGAAAAACCUCGAAGACCGGACACCAGCCUUGGCGCUCCCAACACAGGGGGGUCAGAUUUUCACAGGGGAACUGAAUGUCGUACAACACCGGCGGUCCUGCUCACAAACAUGGUGGUGCUAACAGGUGUCAGCUUUGGUUGCUCUGACUGAAAGUUGUAGGAAGUUUCUUUAGGACAUUAAUUCUUCUGUUUGCUGAGCUCAGCCUCCUCGGAACCAUUUGGGUUGUGUUGUGGACAAAAGAAGUGAAAUGUCAACAGAAGUCCCACAGCAAGAUGUUUGUCAGGAGGAGGAGGUUGAAACGGCCCAMGAGGAAGCAGAACCUCCUCAGAUGAACCAGAACCAGACUAAACACAGCAUGAACCGGGAGUUGGAGCAGCUGAUGCAGGAGUUGAAGGCUCAGAACUUAUUGGUGCUUCAAUGCAUUUCUCUACUUGAUGAAAUCUGUGGAGGUUCUGAAAACGGGACGAUGGAGAGUGAAGAAGAGAUGGAUGAACUGCCACAACAUCAUGUCUACAAGGAGGAGGCUCUUACUGACCAGACAGAAGAGAAGUUUGUUCUGGAACAGAAGACUGAUACCUUCACUGAGACUUCAACUUAUGAAGAACGUGACCACAGUGAACCAGAACCAAACAUGGACCAACUCCACUGUCACAUGUCUCCUGUAGAAGAGGUCUAUGAUUAUGAAGGAAGCAAGCAGGAAGAACCAGGACCAAGUCCAAACUUAGUGCUGAAGGCAAAGAAGAGUUCUGACAGAAGCAGAAGUAAGACUGUAAAAAGCUCUUAUCUGUCAGACAGUCUGUGUGAUGUUGAUUCAGAUAAGGCUUUGGUCAAAUGGGAUAUUUGUGGUAAAACUUUGAAGAUAAAAUCCUCUUUGAAGAAAUGUGGCAGAAUUCACACAGGUGAGAAAUCAGUUUGUGCCUCAUCAGCACCACAAGAACACGGUCACAUAGAUGAGAGAAAACCAAACACUGACAAGAGUCAUAGAAAGUGUUUUUCUGAUUUAUCAUCACUGAACCGUCACAAUAAAGUUCACUCACAGGAAAAAUCAUAUUCAUGUAAACAAUGUGGGAAGAGUUUCAUUCGAAGCAAUGCUUUAAUUAGUCACAUGAGAACUCACACAGGUGAGAAACCAUAUUCUUGUAAACAAUGUGGGAAGAGUUUCAGUCAAAGGCAUUACUCAUUGAUCCACAUGAGAACUCACACAGGUGAGAAACCAUAUUCUUGUAAACAAUGUGGGAAGAGUUUCAGUCAAAG